AGCAAGAUGAAAUGGGAUGAGAGCGUCAUGAGUUACGUGCAGGGGAUACCGCACAGAUACUUGCCAUGUUGGGAGAAGCAGGAGUACAUAUACUUUGUGUUGCACCUUCCGAAAGAGCGCCACUGGGUGGCAGUUGAGGUGGAUAUCGAGAACUGGGAGAUCAUUGUAUAUGAUUCUGAUAUCGGUGCCACCGUUGAGGCAGCCAUGGAGUCAUAUUUGAAGCCUUACAGCGACCUCUUUGCAAAUCUAAUUCGAGAUAGCGGUUAUUUCCAAUACAACAAUUAUGUACAUCCGGUGGAGUUGGGCGAUCUCAGUCAGCUCCUACCCCUCCAUUAUAGACGAGCUACCUCGGAGGUUGUACCACAAACGAACAGCAGUGGCAAUUGUGGAGUGUAUGCCAUGGAGCACAUUGAGCACUUGAUGCUGGAUCGGUCGUUGGAGCAUGUGCAUGAUGAUAACAUGCUCACCUUUAGACAUAGGUGGUGUGUGGACCUAUUUUACCAGAACUUAACGUGGUAGUUUUUUGAAGGUUUUUACAUUGUUAAUCUUGUACACAUAAACUCCCAUUUUGUAAUUGUAUUAUAAUCUCACCAAAUUUAUAUAUAACAAGUAAAUUUAAAGCUA